AUGGACAGAUCGAAGCAUGUCGAGGUUAAAUUACCAGAGGACAGCAGGGAUGAAGGUCCCACCACCCCGAAGUUCGAGGAUGAGCGGUGGAAGAAGGGAACUUGGGACCUUAACAUGUUCGUGGAGAAUGGAAGGGUGGAUUGGGAUGGCAUAAUCGUUGCAGCUAAGAGACUCUGGGAGGCUUUAUUAGUCUCUUGUACCAUUUGGUCAUGUCAUGUCGUAGAAGCAAGGAGGAGAAGGUUUCUCGAGCUGUUCCCGGAAGCAGCAACAAACCAAGAACCAGUUCUCUUCCGAAGCUCGAUAAUCCCUUGGUGGGCAUGGAUCCGUAGGUCCCACCUCCCCGAAGCCGAGCUCAUAAAUGGUCGAGCAGCGAUGAUAGGCUUCUUCAUGGCGUACUUGGUGGAUGCAUUAACAGGCCUCGAUGUCGUGGGCCAAACAGGGAAUUUCGUGUGCAAGGCAGGGCUGUUGGUGACGGUAAUUGGGGUGGUGCUGUUCAGGAGAAGGCGGGAUUUGGAAACUUUGAGUAAGCUGGCCGAGGAGGCGACAUACUAUGACAAGCAGUGGCAAGCAUCCUGGGAAUCGGAUGGGACAGCAGAAAAAAAGCCGUAGCUAGCUGCUGAUGAUUGUGUUGGGUCCUGGAAUCAAAUUCCGUUGCAUCUACAACGGAGUCGAGAUUUUUCACAGUGAUAUUUGUUUUGUAGCAUAAAUCCAAUCAAAAGCCAAACUUGUGCUCAAAAUGUCGUUGCUAUUUUGCACCGGGAAUGGAUAAUACAGAGACCAUCAUACCA